AUGUCGCCGCUGACGCACAGAUGCCGCACCAGAGAGGAAUGGUUGCGGCACCUUCGGCGGCCCUCGACGCGUGUACGCCUUCGGGCCUUGCCAGGCUCAACGUGGGGGGCUGGCGCAGGCAGUGGCGGCAGGCCGCUUCGGGUGAUCAUCUCAGGAGGUGGUCCUGGAGGUCUGGCUUUGGCUUGCGGGCUGGCGAGCACACAGGGUCUAGAUGUUCUCAUCUUGGAGGGCCGGCCCUACGAGCGACCAGGCGCAAAGAAUCGCGGGCGCUCCCAUACGAUUGGCCUCGGUCGCCGCGCCAGGGAGGCUCUCAUCCAGCUGGGAGGCGAAGAGCUGUGGCAGGAGAUGGCAGCAGCAGGGGUGAUGGCCGAAGGCUUCACGCUGCACUUGAAUGGGGUUCCCCUCUCCUUGCCACCGCCGGAAGGCGAGCCAGUGGUACUGCUGGACCGUGGCAGGAUCGUUUCCUCGCUCCGUGACCGGCUGGCGUCCAUGGAGUUUGCCGAAGGGACCGAUGUGCGCAUCGACUACGGGACCAAGGUCAAGUCAGUCGAUGUGGUCCAUCGCACCGUGACAGUGCAGCGCCAGUCCGGGACAGAGCAGGAGGAAGAGCUGAUCGAGUACGACCUGCUGAUCGGCUCGGACGGCGUCCGGUCGCGAGUGCGCGAGGCAAUGAACAGCCAGUUGCCUCCAGGUCGCUUCGAGUCUGAGCUUCGCGUCAUGCCGGGCAGAUGGCAAGUAUUGCACCUGGAUUUGCCCGAGCACUUGAAUGAGCGCGGAGUUCACGCCAUGGUCUCCUCAGAGGCACCAUUUGGAUUGUUUUGCAUCCCAGAUGCCGCUGGCCCGCAUUGUGUGAUUGUGUCAUGGAGUUCGGACGACGCGCCCGAAGAGUUGCUGGAGGCUCAGACGCCGGAGAUGCUCGAGGCAGUCCUUUUACGCUACUUCCCACAGCUGGGCAAGAUCCCGCGAGAAGCCGCAGAGAGCUUCUUAGCGGCGAAGCCCUCCAAAGCUGUUGUCAGCCGGUGUCGCCCUCUGCACGAUGCAGACCAUGCGCUUUGCGUUCUGGGUGAUGCUGCGCACGCCGUCGGUGGUGGGUCCCUGGGACAGGGCUGCAGCGCAGCUCUCCAGGAUGCCGCAGCUUUGGCCACAUGCUUGCAGGAGGGCGCGCGGCUGAGACAGGCGCUUCUGGGCCCCAUGGCCCGCAGCGCCCCCUUCGAGGAGUGGUCACAAGGACGGGAAGAAGCGCUGGUGAGCAGCAUUGCCGCUUUCUCCGAGCAGCGUGCUGACGAGGGCUGGGCGCUUUUGGAUCUCAUCGAGCUCCAAUCUGCCGCAGAAGUCCGAGCGAGCGCGCUGGUGCAAGGUCCACUGGUUUUCGGCUUCUUCCUGGAGCAGUUGGGCCGAGGGACGCUGAAGCCUUUAGCCGACAUCGGCGGGCGGCUCCUCGAGGAUCGUCUUCAGAGGAACCAGCAGAGCUCGGCGGAGGAAGUGAACCAGUUCGUGACGCACCUGCAGUUCAAACCCACGAUGAAGUUCAGCCCUGGAGUGCUGGUCUUUCUUUUGGAGCAGGCUGUCCUGGAGCUCUGGAAGUUUAUCCUGGACCUCUUCAGCAGGCUGCAGCCUCCGAUGCAGACAGCUCUCAUGGCCACAGACGAGUCAUACGCGCAGCUGGUGGGUCGGAACCAGACUUGGCUGGCACUGUUGAGAUCCGCGAGGGCGGCCGCAGGUGUGACACGCAUCUCCUGCGUCCGGAGUCUGCAUGCUUUCACCAACCUUCAGGAGGAGGAGAGUGCUCUGUGGGCCCAGAACUUCACAGUCCAGGAAAGGCUUCAGGAUGACGUGCUUCUCAGGCAGUCCAGCCCGGUCAACCAGCAGUGCUUCUUCGGUAUCCGCACGGGGACCUGCAAAGUUUAUCGAGGCGGCGAGGAAGUGGCAACGCUUGAAGCCGGAGACUGCUUCGGCGAGGCCUCCCUUGUACUUGGCGUGCCGAGCCCGGUCACCGUCAAAGCAGCAAGUGAUGUCACUUUGCUGGUCAUGAAGGGCGAGGCCUUCUGCAGCCUCAUGGCCCGCGCCGAACCGGAGCUUCGCAAGGCUCUAGAAGUCGCUGCAGAGCGCUAUGGAGCGAGUUUCGACGAGGUGGUUGCUGAGCAGGAGCAGGGCCGGCAGCGCGUGCGGCGCUUGCUGGAGACAGUGGUAUCUGCCGAAGAUGCACACGGCAACAGCCACCAACAUCACAGCGCUGUGGACUUGGACCACCUUCUUGGAACGGUGGGCAUCGAGUCCUACUCCAACGGCGACCUUGUAGCACUCGGUUGCCAACGUCUCCGUGUGCUUGAGCAAGGGAACUGCAAAGUCGUGCGUGGUGGACGCCAGGUUCGAUCGCUUGAGGCUGGAGACUUCUUCGGCCCGGAUCUGGCGGCAGAUGAGCGAGUCGUUGCUUGCAGCGAUGAAGUUCGAGUCUGCAGCUUCACGAACGAAGGACAAACUUCAAUUGGCUUCUUGCUGAAUUCAAGGACAAAGGUUCUGCUUGCCCUUGCCCUGAGUGAGAACGCGGCAAGGCAUGUACCGUUCGCCUUUCCCCUUUGGCAGGGGCAAUUGGCGAGUUGCGCUCUUCCAGAAGCUUCGAAGCUUUGGGCCGGAUUCUCGAUACUACAGCUUGCUACAGUAUGGACGAAGGAGCCUGCGCAGCAAUCUGUGAGGAGCAGGUGUGCACCGAAUUGCCCGCGCGUGUGCAAGAACUACCUGCAGUAG